UAAAGAGAUCCUUUUUCCUCCAUAGACUAGAAGCCAACUAGUGAUCCUACAAAGGCAUAAUAGCAAUCAUUGAGCGAGAGAGAGAGAGAGAGAUGGCAGAGAACUGUUGUUACAAGGAUGUUCUGCCAUUUUCAGCAAUGGUUGCAGUAGAGUGCACAAACGUGGUCUUAAACAUCUUGUUCAAAGCAGCAAGUUUGAGAGGGUUGAGUUACUAUGCCUUUAAUGUCUACUCCUAUGCCUUAUCCACUCUUCUUCUUCUUCCCUUGGCCUUCAUCAUCUUCCUCCGAACCACAGAGCUUCCUACAUUCAAGCUGUCUGUCCUCUAUAGAAUUCUCCUCCUGGGAGUACUUGGGUCUGUAGCUCAGGUGUGUGGCUAUAAAGGCAUAGAAUACAGUUCAGCCACUCUUGCUUCAGCCAUCAGCAACCUCACACCAGCUUUCACUUUCAUUCUUGCUCUAAUUUUCAGGAUGGAAAAGCUUGGUUUAAGAAGCUCAAGUACUCAGGCUAAAAUCAUGGGCACUAUAGUAUCAAUAUCAGGUGCAAUGGUAGUGGUUCUUUAUGAAGGUCCUGCAGUCAUAGAGACCUCGUUUCAAUUACCAUCUCUUUCAGUUCAUUUUCCUCUAAGCUCAUCACUAUCGAAUUGGGUAAUAGUUGGCCUUCUACUUGCUGUUGAGUACCUUCUGUUUUCAAUGUGGUACAUUGUUCAGACUCAAGUUAUGAGAAUAUAUCCAUCAGAGCUAAUUGUGGUGUUCUUAUACAACUUGUGUGCGACAGUUAUAUCUGCACCAGUAUCUUUAUUGGUAGACAAGAACUUGAGCGGUUGGAGACUAAGGCCUGGCAUAGCAUUGGUUGCAAUUGUAUACUCGGGAUUCGCUUCAGCCUUCAGCAACAUUGUCCACACUUGGGGUCUGCACUUGAAGGGACCUCUGUAUAUAUCAAUCUUCAGGCCAUUAUCAAUUGCCAUAGCAGCUGCUAUAGGUGUUAUAUUCCUUGGUGAUGCUCUCUAUCUUGGGAGUGUUGUUGGAGCAAUAAUAAUAUCUGUUAGAAAUACUGGAAGAUUGUAUUCAAAAGAGGCAGAAGAAGAAGAAAUGAGUGAGGAUUGUGAUUUUGGUAGCUUGGGAUCCUCAUCAUAUGGUAAGACCCCUUUGUUGCAAAGAAAUGAGGCUGAAGAUAUGUAGAAUAGAUGUAAACAGAUUAAUUGUAGCUGACCAAAAAUUCUUCAGCACAUAUUUGUGAUCUAAUUGGUCAAUGAUAUUUUCAAGUUUAGAGCAAAGCACAUGUCUAAAGGUUAAACCUUUUUAUUAGAUAGCUCUAUGUCCAUGGUCAACGCUUACAACCAAUUAAUCAUUCUUUCAUUUUCUUAUGUAACUAUAAUAUAUAAUUUAGGACAAUCUCCAAUUUAUCAUACAUUGAGGAAAUGCUUUAGGCUAUAGUUAGUGGCUUCUUCUGUAAGUUUUAAAUUAAAUAGUAUAUAAUUUAGGACAAUCACCAAUUUAUAAUGCAUUGAGGCACAAUAUUUUAGGCUAUGGUUAGUGGCUAACUGAGUUAGACAAGAUAGCACUUAAUAGAUCAAAGGUGCCUAAGUUCUUUUGUCAUCAUCACUGGCUGACCUGACUUAAAGUUCUCGCCAGGGGUCAUAGCUCUCCCUGAAUGAUUUCCAGACUUGUUCCCAGAUAAGUCACCCUUAGCAGUUGUCCAAUUUGCCACAGACCAUAAUUGGUUAUUGACUAUCACCUCCCUGCUUGUGGACGUGAAUAGAGAAAUAUAGAGAGACAGAGGGCAUGCUGCUUCUAUCCCACAUAAACUUUCUUUAAUUCAUCAUUGCAUCUCUCCAACAUGCUGCUUAUAUCCCACAUAGACCACUGCAGCAGACAACGUAACAUCUAAUCUCUGAAGCACAUGGUUGGACUGCUGCAAUCCUAUGUUUUCCGAACAGCUACAAAAAAUUAUAUGUACUAGCUAUUCACUGUAUACAUAAAAUCCAGCACCCAAAUAAUCAUGUUUUCCACCAAAAGAAUUUAUUGAAAGUAAAACUAAUGAUAAUAUGUGGAGAAUAACAUUAUAAAGAACCACUGAGUGAUUCGUUUUAACUCUAGUCAUUAAGAAGCAAAGGGCAUUGCAAAGUUACAAUAUUGGCUCCAUCUCAGUCACCAUCCCUUCAGCUUUAUUCUCCACUGGGCACAUGCACAUCUGAAACAUGGUUAGUGAUAAAUGGCCUUUUGCCUGCUGCUGAGUACCUUCUGUUGUCAAUCUGGUAGAUUGUUCAGGUAGUUUUAUAAGGAAAAAUCUUUGGAUUCUCAAUGGUAGUGCUUCUGAGAUGUUGCAAACUUUAUGAGGGAAAAACUUUAGAGAGAAGCCAAAUUUGAAUUCUGAGGCAGUUUCCAGAAGGGGUGGUUGGCAAGUAUGAUUCUCAAAAUUAAUCCAUCAUUGAAAUUCACAGAAUCAGGAGCAGAAUUAGACUGUUGGUCCAGGAAGUAGAAGACAUUACAGUCAGAUAACUGCGAGGCAGGGCUGUGACUAAGAUGGGAAGAGGGAUUAGAAAACGAAUUUGGUAAAGAACACAACACGUCAACACCAAUCCCAGCUUAUAUCCAUUGUUGUAACACACUGUGCUAGAAGAAAGAAAGGCAAAGUGGACAACAAAUUGACAGAUGACAAGCAUAACCAAGAAAUCCCUUCUCACAGAAAAAAGUUGUGUAUGUAAGACUUAUAUUGUGCAGAACUCUGUGUCUUCAAGGAUUUAUAUGGUAGAACUUUAAAUUUUAGCAUCUC